AUGAGCGGCCAACAUUCACUCGACAGCCUCGACAGCCUCCUCUGUCAAUCUGCUCUUCAGACUCGGGAGCUUUCCCAAAAGAAGAAUGAAUUCAUCCAGCGAAUUAAAGUUUGCAGAGCUGACAUUGCUGAGAGGAGGGCUUACAUCGACACACUUCACAGAAACAUCCAGAAACUGGAGGAGGAAACCCGGGGGAAGCAGAGCUCUGCCAUGCUUCAUAAAGCUAAUGCAAGAAGCAUGAAGGCGACCAACAUCCUGCUCCUCCAGUACCAGCAGACGCUCAAAGAUGAAAUUGAGAGCAGAAAAGAGAGCUUCAACCACGACAUGGAAGUCUAUGAAGAGAGGAUUGCAAGCUACAGACAGAAAUUUCAGUCCCAUCGAGAAUAUUAUUUGAAAAAUCCUACUGCUCAAAAGCUCCUCAGGCAGCAGGCUGAAAAAGAGGAGAUUGAGUGUAGGAUCAAGGCCUGCGAUGAUCAAAUUACAAUGAAGCAGUCAGAGCUAGACCAUCUCACAGGUCCAGCAGUCACUGUCUCUUCCACUGAGAAGCUACUGGACAGUGCUACUGGUCAACAGCCUGAAGAAGAAGCAGAGAAACAAUUAGAUCCUCAGACCGAGGACUGUGAUUCUGCCAUCGACAGCUUCUGUCUGCAUCUCAACCAGUCAAAGAUGUUGCAGAAUGGAGAUAAAGUAUCUGUAGAGGCAGGUGCUGCAGAUCUCCCUGAGGAACACAAGGUCCAGGAUACGGCCGCCUGCAGCACUUACCCAGAGGAAGCAGGCAGAAAGCUGUGGUCUCACCAACAGAUGGAUGAACAAAGUUGGACAGAGGAGAUGCAGACUAAUGAGCAGGAAAUGGACACUGAACUUCAGGAACAGGAACAGCAAUCUAAUGUGUCAGAGGACGAGGAAGCAGUGGAGGACAAGGCGGAGGAAGGAGUGGGAAUAGAUGAAGAGCAGACAUCAAGUGAAAAGGACAACGAGGAACUUGUUGCUUUUCCUCAGUCCUCCUGCGAAGAAACUAAUUCUCGGGCCUCUCUGGCAAAGACGACAGCUGCACCUUCGACCGCAGCAUUUCCAUUUAACUUCAGCCCUGCAAGCGGUACCUCCGAUACCAAAUCUCCAGCUUUCCUGUUCUCUCUGAACUCUGAUCCGAGCACCCCCGGCUUCUCUGGAUUUGGAUUUGACUCAUCGCAGGCUGAGGACACAAAUUUUGCUUUCCCUGGCUCUUUUUUCAACGAGAAGAAAACCACUGACACCAAUUCUUCAAGUGGCGGUGAGUUCUUGUUUGACCAAUCAGAGCAAGGUGAGGACUUUCAGUUUGCCUUCAACUUCAAGAGCCCUCAAGCAACUACCAAAGAGAAGAGCAGGGAGGACUUUCCAUUUUCAUUAAACUUUUGA